UCCAAGAUGGCGUCCAUGACCACGCUGGGGGUGCAGCGUGAAGCCGCAGUUCUGCCAUCACUCAAGAUGGCUGCCCCCAUCAAGAUGACCGGGGUGUGCCUGGGGGAAAGGGGCAGCAUGAUGGUCUGAGAAGGUCUAGCGUCGGACUAUGUGGAAGUUUCUGGGACUGGGGAGUCGGAUAAUGGGGGGUGGGGCCCGUGGAGGGUAGAGGGAGCAACAGCGUCCUUUCCCAGGCGAACCCCGGCCCCUCCCUGACCUCUCUACUGAAAUGGGGAACACACUGGGCCUGGCACCUAUGGGGGCUUUGCCCCGCCGGAGCCCCCGUCGAGAGGAACCUCUCCCCAACCCUGGGAGCUUUGAUGAGCUGCACCGGCUAUGCAAAGAUGUAUUCCCAGCACAGAUGGAGGGAGUGAAGCUCGUUGUCAACAAGGUUCUGAGCAGCCAUUUCCAGGUGGCUCACACUGUGCACAUGAGUGCUCUGGGUUUGCCAGGCUAUCAUCUUCAUGCGGCCUAUGCAGGGGACUGGCAACUUAGUCCCACUGAGGUGUUCCCCACUGUGGUGGGAGAUAUGGACAGCGGUGGCAGCCUCAACGCCCAGGUCCUGCUCCUCUUGGCGGAGCGGCUCCGAGCCAAGGCUGUCUUUCAGACGCAGCAGGCCAAGUUCCUGACCUGGCAGUUCGAUGGCGAGUAUCGGGGAGAUGACUACACAGCCACUCUAACCCUAGGAAAUCCGGACCUCAUUGGGGAAUCAGUGAUCGUGGUCGCUCACUUCCUGCAGAGCCUCACUCAUCGACUGGUGCUGGGAGGAGAGCUAGUUUAUCACCGGCGGCCGGGCGAAGAGGGGGCCAUCCUGACACUGGCUGGGAAGUACUCGGCUGUACACUGGGUAGCUACGUUGAAUGUGGGAUCAGGUGGGGCCCAUGCAAGUUAUUACCACAGGGCGAAUGAACAGGUUCAGGUUGGAGUGGAGUUUGAAGCAAACACAAGGCUCCAAGACACGACCUUCUCCUUUGGUUACCACCUGACUCUGCCCCAGGCCAACAUGGUAUUUAGAGGCUUGGUGGAUAGUAACUGGUGUGUGGGUGCUGUGCUGGAGAAGAAGAUGCCCCCCCUGCCUGUCACCCUCGCCCUCGGAGCCUUCCUUAAUCACUGGCGCAACAGAUUCCACUGUGGCUUUAGCAUCACUGUGGGCUGAGGUCAUCCCAGAGCCAGCCCACACAACAGCUGGAGCCUCUGAGUCAGGUGUCCUGGGGCCAGAGCCCUCUCCAGAGCCCACCUUGCUGGGUGACCUCUGGGUCCCAAGAGCAGAGUGGGGACAGGACCACAACCUCCUCAGAACUGGAGCUGCCACAGGGGCAGCUGCUGAGGCAGUGGUUUGAGUCUCCCACCUCUGCCAUCAGUCCAGUAUCAUCUUCCCAUGCUCUUAUGGCUCUGGACUAGGGGAGAGGAAUUAAGGGGUAUGUCUGGCUGAAUUUUCUCUCCUCACUCCCACCUCCUUUAUUUCUCUGUGGAUUAAAGCUCCUAGCCUCUUUCUCUUCA